AUGAAGCGGCAGCUGGCUGACGGAGACUGGGGAGUCCGCACGCUCGCUGACGACUUCUUGUUUCGCGAUGGGAAUAUCGAUAAGGUGCCCGAGAUCAACUCAGUGGGCGUGGAUCACGUGCCUGUGGGCUCUCUUGUCCGAUUCCGAGGCAUGGUACAGGACAUGUGGGGCACGGAGUUUUAUCAAGGCCUCUACAAACGAAGCAGACAGCCCCCAUCCGCUUCCCCCUCUGCCUCCUCCGCCUCCCCCUCUCCCCCCUGGCGCACCACCAAGUACACUGAUGGGGACUGCGGGGGAGCAAUGGGGGGAGAUGGGGCGGAGGGGCUGGGGGAGGGGGGCAGGGAAGGGGCGGCGGAUUUUGGCAGUAUUUGGGAGAGGUGGCUGCUGUACUGUGUGCCUGUGAGUGCUGAUGGACGGCUUUUCUUGGCUCCACAUUCAACGCCUCAUUUUCUCUCGCCACUCUGUCUGAUCCUGAAUAUGGUGCCAGGGGAGCAGCCGUGGGCGCGGGCUCUCAGGGACGGGGGGAGGGAGGGGAGGGGGAACUGCGGAAGAGGGGAAGGGGGAAGCGGGGGGGAGGAGGGCAGUGGGGCGGAGAAGAGGGGCAGAGAGGAGGGGGACGCUGAACCUAUGGUGGGUCUCGCUGUCAGGCAUGGACGUGGAAACCAGGGGGGCUCCCGGCGAGGCAGGGGAAUCCAAGAGACAGGUACGGGCGGCCGCCCUUUCGCCUUCACAUACACUUAUGAGUCGACUCAAAAGGAAUCCAAGAGACAGGCCACCUCCGCAGUUACCAACACCACAGACGCUGCCAUCCCCACCAACAGCAACAACACCCCGGCACAGCCCAACAGCACAGCUUCUGGCGACCCCCCUCCGUUUGUGGAUCUGCACUUCCCUCUCGGCCCUUCCACUGCUGCUGCUUCCCCCCAUGGCCGCCCGCUGCUGCCGUGCAUUGUCAAGCUGUAUGACAGCGUCGAGUCACAACUGAAGCUCAAUCAGGUGGUGGAGUUCGUAGGGGUGGUGGCACCACCAUCAGCGCCCACCGUGCAUGCCCACACAGCAGCAGCAGCAGCAGCAGCAGCAGCACAAGACGCAGCCACAGGCGCAGGCACGAGCACAGGAGCAGGCAUGGAGGUGGAGAUGAUGGGGGGCGACAUGGGCAUGGGGGUGUGCCCGUCUGCCUGUCUGCCCAGCAGCCAGGUGUUGCGCCUGCACUGCCUCACCUGGCGGAAGCUCCCUCACCUCUUCCAACCUGCCAUGGAGCCCACUGUAGCGUCCGUGAUUCCAUGGAACCAUCCCUUCUCCGUACCAUCGUCCUCGUUGGGCCCUGCCUUAUACUCGCUGUUUCCCAUCUCACGUGGCCCACCCGAUUUACCUUCACUGGUGUCUCCUCUUUUCCUUCACUUUCCUCCCCCUCCACAUGCAUCCCCCCUGCAGGCAGCAGCGAGCAUCAGGGCAGCACUUCUGUCCCGAUUGGCUGCGGUUCUGGGCGGCGACAGGCUGGCGGCAGAGUAUUUGCUGCUGCACCUGCUGUCACGGGUACACACGCGCAUAGAGCCCAUGCCUCUCGGCAAGCUCUCCCUCAAUCUCUCCGGCUUCCCAGAACCUUCCUCCCCCUCCACUCCGUCUCCAACCCCUCCUCCUCUCUCCUCCUCUCCUCCCUCACUCGCCCAAGCUGCCUCCCCCUCUCUCUCCACCCUCUCUCUCCGCCCUCACCUCCUCUCUCCAAGCCCUCCUCCCAGCCACCGCCACUCUCCCUCUUUCCCUUGA